AACUUUCUUACUCAUGUGUGGAGUAUAUGUACAUAUCUUUUUCAUCUUUUUGCUUCUAUCAGCUGUAUUUACUUUUGAAUACGCUCAACGGCUAAUAUGGUUGCAGGUAAUUUUUGCUCGAUUUUUUGCAGACUCACCAUCGGAUGGCUUUGUUUUUGUGAGACGACUUCAUUUGAGUAUUGGACUAUGCGCACCCUUUUUUACCUCGUCGAUGAAAGUGCAUGCAUCUUCGAUUGUGGAAAGUGAAAAUUUUAGUGCUUUGAAGCCAAAUAUUGUCCAAGCUAUUGUUUGUCUAAAGGAUUGGACAUUUGAAGAAGCAAAAAUGGAAUCACAAUUGGAUGAGCUUUGUGGGAUGGUAAUGAAGAUUAAAGUUGAUGAAGAAGAAGAAGACAUAUCUUACCCUAGUCCAAGUCCAUGUCAAAGUCUCGAUCAACAUGAAUUCAGCUCAAAAGCAUCUUCCUCGGCCACCAUAUUUUAGAUUGUGAUGAUUUGUAGAAACUAGAAACUAAUUAUGAUACUUGUUAUGAAUAUGAUGAAUGAUGAUAGAUUGAUAGUUGAACUUUGAAGCAUGUUUAAUUUUAUUAUGAAAUGUAAAUAUAAUGUUUGGGUCAAAUGGGUCAAAUGACCUGAAAUAUAUGGGUUUAAUGACCCAUUUAAUUAGCAGGUUAAAUGGGUCAUUAGCAGGUUGACCCGACCUGCUACAUAUCAGGUCGGGGUUUCAAUUUUUGACCCAUUUAAUUAAAUGGGUCAGGUUCAGGUCAAGGGUCUAUUGACCCAUUUAUAUA